GACGGAGUUGGGUGUGAAGAUGGCGGACGAAGAGGCCGAACAAGAUCUCAGCGCACAGACCGAUACCAGUGCAACGAUUGCGGCACUCCGAGAGAAAUUGCAAGUGUUAUCAAUUACCCUGAGGAACAGUACAGACUCUCCAGCUCAGUCGUCUUCUCGGUAUUGUCAAGACUUUUGCCAGACUCUGGUGGAGUAUGCUGACCGAUGGAGGAUCGAGGAGGAACCACUGCCUCUUGUGGAGGUGUACAAAGUGGCCCUGCUGAGCUACGCCCAGGCCUCCCCCUGCCUCUCCUCCAAAUGUGAAAAUGUUCCCCUUGUGCUUGAAAGGCUGUCACUGAGCUGUGUGGAGCUGCUGCUCUCCCUGCCAGAACAUUUCUCAGAUGCCUUGUGGGGUGAAUUCAAGUCAUCUGUUCAGUUGGCGCACUCCAGGCUGCAGGAGAAUGGCAUCGGGCAGCUGUCCCUUCUGUCUGCCGUGACCCAGGAGACCGGCGUUUGGAGUAACGACACCCUGCGGGACGUCCUCUCCGACCGCUCACCACAAACUGAGAAAGUUCACCGGUUCCUUGAGCUGGAAGGACCGGUUCUGUUGGAGAUGCGGGUGAAGCACCUUAUCAAGGAGAACCAUAUGGAGCGGGCUGCACGGCUGGCCAAGGCGUGCGCAGAGUAUCCCCACUUUGAAGGAAAAGGGCACUUUAGGCAGAUGUACCUCGUCUGCCUGUGUGCUGUCUCAGCUCAGGAACCACUGAUUGAGGAGCUUUCCAAGGUGGAUUGUCGUGAUGCACUUGAGAUGAUUUGUAACCUUGAGUCAGAAGGCAACGACAGGGGUGCCCUCAGUGUUUGCUCAGCCUUUCUGACACGACAGCUUCUUCAAGGAGACUCGUACUGUGCUUGGGAGCUGACUCUUUUUUGGAGCAAACUGCUAAAGCGGUUAGAGUUGUCUGAAGAGAUGUUCCUGGACAGAUGUUGUCAGAUGUCUUUGCUGUCCAAAACAGUCUUCCAUAUCCUCUUCCUCAUAAAAGUAAUUCAAUCAGAGGUGGACACUGUUGGACUUCCUGUGUGCAUUGAAAUGUGCAUACGGGCUCUGCAGUUAGAAUCGAGUGACGGAAACAACAAGGCCACAAUUUGCAAAACCAUCUCCUGUUUGCUGCCUGCUGAUCUGGAGAUAAAGCGGGCCUCCCAGCUGACAGAGUUCCUCCUGGAUCCCACCGUGGACUCCUACUACGCUGUAGAAACUCUUUACAACGAACCGGACCAGAAGCUGGAGGAGGAGAAUCUCCCCAUACCCAACUCACUACGCUGUGAGCUCCUCCUGGUGUUCAAGACGCAAUGGCCCUUUGACCCGGAGUUUUGGGACUGGAAGACACUUAAACGUCACUGCUUGGCACUUAUGGGCGAGGAGGCCUCGAUAGUGUCUUCCAUUGACUUGCUGAAUGACAGUGAGAGCCCAGAGGCCCCAGAGGAGGAGGAGGAGGAGGACACAGCCCACGUUGAAGAUGGGUUCAGGGAUGUAUCGGAGUGUUUUAUUGACACCACACAGGAACUGAAUGAAAUAACUGAUAGAAGACAGAAAAACAGAGAGACAAAGAAACUAAGAGAGAAAGGGUUUAUCUCUGCCAGGUUUAGAAAUUGGCAGGCGUAUAUGCAGUACUGUGUUCUUUGCGACAAGGAGUUUCUGGGUCACAGGAUUGUCCGUCAUGCACAGACUCACUACAAGGAUGGGUUUUAUAGCUGCCCAAUAUGCGCAGAGACCUUCACCACAAAAGACAUAUUAGAGCCACAUGUGGCAUCACAUGUAAAGCUAUCAUGCAAGGAAAGACUAGCUGCAAUUAAAACAAAUAAAAAAUUGGCUAAUCCCAAAACAGCUGCUCCUGUUAUAGCAGCUCUGAAAGCGAAGACUGAAAAUGAACUCUGGUCAAAAGAUUCCAACAGUGAUUACCAGGUACACAAUGGGGAGUUCCUUCAGACUGAAACAGUUCAGACCAAAUUCAUUGGGCUUAAGUCCGAAAGCACUGAGGAAAACACGUGCCCUGUUGCAAACUGCAAAAAGGGAUUCAAGUAUUUCCGAAAUCUUCUGGUGCACGUGAAAGCGCAUGGAGAUAACGAUGAAGCGAGGCGCUUUCUUGAAAUGCAGAGCAAAAAGGUGAUUUGUCAGUAUUGCCGUCGCCAGUUUGUUAGUGUCACCCACCUUAAUGAUCAUUUGCAAGUGCACUGUGGUGUUAGACCUUACAUUUGCAUACAGUUGAACUGCAAGGCCAGCUUUCUCUCCAACACAGAGCUACUUGUUCACAGGAAAGGACACGUCAUAUUUAAAGCCAAAUGCAUGUUUCCUGGAUGCGGGAAGAUUUUCAGUGAAGCCUACAAGCUAUACGACCACGAGGCCCAGCAUUACAAAACAUUCACCUGCAAAGUCCCUGAAUGUGGAACAGUGUUUCAUUCUCAGGCACAGUUGGAUCUACACCGUGAGGAGCAUGUCACUAUUAAGGAUUCUGAUUCUGACCUUUGUUAUUCUCGAGACCAGAGGAUGCUCUCUGAUCAGGCUUUUGUCUCAGAGGAGGUCGAUGAGACAUCUCAGCUAUCCACAUCCAUUGCCGUGAAGCAUUCCAUUCAGAAUCUGCUGAAUGCUUCUGAAUUUCCAAUUCAGAAUAAUCAAGAAUACAUGAUUAAAAGUGAUCCCCCAGAUAAAGAAAUGUACCCAUUUUCAGAAAGCUCAGUGAUACGGUCGACCACAAAUGCACAAACGCACAACCCAAAUAAGCAGACACAUAGGCCCCUGGACCUCUCUGAGACUGCUGAAUAUGAUUUCGUGAUUCCCACACCACAGCAACAUAAUCCGUUAUCUUCGUACCAAGAUACUGGGGAUUUGGGCCAUGCCAUGCGUCCAAAUGUUUUUCAAGGUCCAGUCCAAAGUGUACGGAAUGAUGUAAAUUAUGGAUCCACAAACUACAAUUCAGACUACAGAGCAGCAGUCCCAGUGCAACCCCCUCACCACCAGCAACAACAAAUGUCUGCAAACGUGUCAUCAGCAGACCAAACCUCGCAUUACAUGUCAACUCAAACUCUCCCAUCUUCCUCUCACACUCUUCUUCCACUAGUAACCCGUUUGCCUGCCAAAACACAGUGUCCAUUACCAAGCACUCCUGGCCCACAACAGUGUCCAUUACCAAGCACUCCUGGCCCACAGCAGUGCGCGUUACCAAGCACUCCUGGCCCACAGCAGUGCGCGUUACCAAGCACUCCUGGCCCACAGCAGUGCGCGUUACCAAGCACUCCUGGCCCACAGCAGUGCGCGUUACCAAGCACUCCUGGCCCACAGCAGUGCGCGUUGCCAAUCACUCCUGGCCCACAGCAGUGCACGUUGCCAAGCACUAAGGCCCCCCAGCAGUGCGCGUUACCAAGCGCUAAGGCCCCCCAGCAGUGCGCGUUACCAAGCGCUAAGGCCCCCCAGCAGUGCGCGUUACCAAGCGCUAAGGCCCCCCAGCAGUGCGCGUUACCAAGCGCUAAUGCCCCCCAGCAGUGCGCGUUACCAAGCGCUAAUGCCCCCCAGCAGUGCGCGUUACCAAGCACUAAAGCCUCCCAACAGUGCACGUUACCAAGCACUAAGGCCCCACAACAGUGCCCAUUACCAAGCACUCCGGCCCAACCACAAGGAGAGAAAGAGCGACACCACUGUGCUUUGGAGACAUGCGAUCGCAACUACAGUUCCUACAGAAGUGUUACAAAGCACAUGAAGGCAGCUCAUCCCGAUUUUUACACAGAAUGGAAAAUUGCUAAUCGAAAGAACAGGGAACAGGAAAAGGCUGAAAGGGCAAGGAAACCUGUUCUGUCAAGUGUUCCUGAAAUUGGGAACAGUACUGCUGUUGCUCCGCUACGAAGUCAACCAAGUAAUGAUGAACCUGUCGCAGUCAACAGGCAAAAUGUCAUACAGCCACCUCUGUACUCAAACCCAAACCACUCUUACCCUUCCCAUUCACCUGGUCUUCAAGGCCAGGCUUUCCCUAACCAGAUGGACAAUAUCUUAGAUCCCAUUGUACUCUCCCAGUUAGGAAACAACUCAAAUCAAUAUAGAGCACCUAGUAUGCCAUGGCAACAACCACCAGAAAACAACCAAAUCCACAACAGUUACUCCCCCCAAGUAUACUCUUCAGAUGUGCAAGGGAUGCCUUUAAUGGAUACUGUCGGUGGAGGGAUGGAUGUUCAUGUUAUUCCAUCUGAUCGUAUGUUGGGAUCUAAUGUGCAAAGACCAAUCGAGUCUAUUCUACCGCCACAAAGGGAUAAUCAUCUUCAGCCUGUUUUCCCUUCUUACAUGGACAUUCUAAAAGACUCAAGUCUUUCAAAUCAGAUGGAAAAUGUUACACCUUCCUACACACCACAGAUUGAAAAUGAUCCAUGUUCCAAAUUAAACCCCUCUAAAAAAAGUAAAGGAAUGCAGAAAACGACUAAAAUGGAAUCCAACUUUGCUCCUGCUGCAAACUUGCCACCAAAAACCAACAGGGAAUCUCAAGAUGGCAAAGUAAACUCUGGAAAUCCUGAAAACCCAACAAUCAAAAAAGUAAAGCGUAACAAAAGAACCAAGUGGCCUGCUAUUCUUAAAGAUGGAAAGUUCAUUUGUUCUAGGUGUGGUAGAGCAUUUUCAAAUCCCAAAUCACUUGGAGGCCAUUUGUCCAAGCGUUCACACUGCAAAGCUUAUGAUGAAACUGAGCUCCUAACAGCAGAUCUGCCGUCAUCCUUUCUUGAUCUUCUCAAUUCAGAGCAACUUCUCAAUACUCCGCCCACGCAAUCUUUACUAUAUAACCCUGUUACACCUUAUGCAAAUGAAGGCAAACAAACUGAUGACAUUCUUAAGCAAAUUAUGGAUACUCCAAAUAUUUCUAAUCUGUUUGAGUCCACUGCGACUCCCCAGCCGUUGUUCCAGAAUCCUUGUGGCCCCUACGGACCUGGUGGACGCUUGCCAGAAAGCACAGUUAUACAUCACACAGCUGACAUCCAAGUAAAAACUGAGAGCGAAUCCUAUAGAGAGAGCUAUCUUCAGCCAACAAUGGACCCUGGUUUUGGCAAUAGUGCAUUCUCUGAUCCACUUCUUUCUCAGAUGCUUGUAGAAAACAACCCUACAGUUUCACUUCACAGACUUCCCACAGACCAUAUUGAUCAUUUACUCCGAGCUGAAACACUGAUGAAAAUGAAGGAGGUCAAGGGGAGUUCUAGUGAAUCAGAUUCAGGCGGACUCUCUAAUGAUGGACUUUUGGCUGCCAUGGCCAGUUUGGCACAAAACCUUAUGGCAAACCCAAUGUUACAGGUAACUUCGCCAGACCCUCAGCCUCAACACAGUCCAGCAGCAACAAGCAGUAAACCACUGGAGACUCAGAGGAAUAGAACAGAACAGAACAUCAAGAAAAGAUUGCGUGAACAGAUUUUAGCUGGAGACUUUCAAAGAAGAAGCAGUUUAUCUCGGGCUAGCAGCACUGACACCUUUGCCAGUUUGAAUCCGGUGUCAUCCAAUAUCGCAACCAAUGUUAUGCAACAUUUUGAAGUAAAUCAAUGUUCUCAGCCUUCCAAUACUAUUGAUAACAUAAUGCCAGUAUUGUCUGCCCAAGUAAAUGGAGAGGCACAAAUGCAGAGUUCCACAUCCACUCAGAGUUUCACUCAUUUCAGAGAGGCUUCCUCUCAACACCAAGAGAUACCUGCACCUAUUGACAUUGUUGCAAACGAUGUGGAUUCUGGCCCGACUUCCAUACCUGCAAACCAACAGCAUUGGAUUAUGGACAUUCAGACUGCAUUAGAGAGGUUAGACUUAGACAAACAGGUGUGUGAUUUUACGCCAACACUAUCCUCUCCAAAACCUAGUUGCACCGAUAUUUGCAAGGAAACUGAAGUAUUGAGGCCUAAUGUCUCGAACGAUAAAGAUUCUUAUGUUCCUGAUGGCUGUAGGAAGCCUUUUAUCUGUGAGAAUGACAACUGCAAUUACAGUGCCAUGACAAAAGAUGCCAUUUUAAAACAUCUUGUCAGGGCACACAGUUACACCAGUGAGAUGAUAUGUUUGUUGAAGAAAAACCAUGGGAAAUUUGCACCGUUCUCCUGUAAAAUGUGCGAUAAGACUUUUACCCGAAAUUCAAACCUUAGGGCACACUGCCAAACAGCUCACCGAAUGACUCAGCAGGAGAUUGCGAAACUAAAAAUUAACCGGCAGUCGAGCAACACUGUUGGAUUUGAUAUUAGCGACAGUAAACAGCCUUUGCAUUCAGGGCCUCCUUUGUCUUGUCAGAUGGGCGCAGCGCCUCACUCCGUAACUGAGAAAAUUACCCAUCGACAUUCACUCCCGGAUGUCAACCAGAAUCGAAAUGAGACUGGAAACAACUUCUUUGUUUCAGGAGAGGGGGUGAAACAAGAACACCCGUUGCAGCCUUUUGAAAAGAAGACUUCUCAAGGCAUGGCUGACCGAAGAUUUCAUGAUAAUAGUCUCUCUGUGGGAAUGCAGCCAAUGAAAAAUAUACCCAUUCGUGAUCAACCAUUGACUCCGUUAAUACCGGGAUCUGAAUAUCAAAUGAACGCGCACUGCUCGGCAAUACCCCAACAAACCUUAGUGGCUGCUCCUGAUGCCAGUCAGUGGUCAAGCGUACCAUGCACACCCGUUCAUUCAAGGCCUAUGUCCACCCAUUACAGUCAACAAUCCGGAGGCUACCUGGCAGAAAGGUCUGCUUCAGUGACAUCGACUGCAGCAGAUCCCCUUGCAGCUCAUACAACCUCGCUAGACAAAACACCCAAAAUCAAGCAACCGAGGGGGCCAAAGCCUAAAGUAGAAAUUCAGAGGAAGGUGAAAGAUAAGAAGACUGAGGCAAGUGGGGCCUUCAGUCCGUACAGGCCAUAUCGUUGUGUUCACCAUGGAUGUACAGCAGCAUUUACCAUUCAGCAUAAUUUAAUUCUACAUUACAGGGCAGUCCAUCAGUCUGCCCUGUCCACGUUUGAAGUCAACAAUGAGAAUGAUCAAAAUGAGGAGCAGGAGUCUAAAAAGGACAUUAAGCUGGAGGGGGUUAUGGAAGAGCCGGAGGGCGAAAUAAUCCCGGUGAUGGAAUUUAGAUGUCAAGUGAAAGACUGCUCGCGAGUAUUCCAGGAUGUCCCAAACCUGUUGCAACAUUACCUCCAGCUUCACAAAUUCAGCGUGGAUAAAGCAGGAUCUCUAUUAUCAAACAUCAACCUAGGGAGAUUCCGUUGUGAUCAGCAAGGGUGCACGGCGUCCUUCACGGCUUUUUGGAAGUACAUCGGACAUAUUGAGAAAGAACACGACAAGGCAAAACUCACCAAAAUGGAGCCUGUAGAUGGGAUGUUCCAGUGUGAUGUUGAAGGCUGUGACCGCGCUUAUGCUACAAAGUCAAACCUGCUCAGGCACACCAUGAAGAAGCAUCAUGAACUUUACAAACUCCAACUGAUGAAUCAGCCAAAAGGUGAAGAUGGUGGGAAACCUGUGUCCAAAAACUCCCAUUACCAGAUGACUAAAUCAAGUGAUGGCAAAGAGAACAUAGAGAGCAACAAAAAGUUUACACCAAAGGGAGGUGACAAAAGGAAAAUGACAGAAAGUACAGGAAAAAAUCAUUGGACAAAAUAUGGAAAACCUUCCUUGAAAAGUAAGGACGAAGCAUCUGCAAUGUGCAUAAAGAAAUCUUCCUUGCAAUACCCCUGCAUGAUCAAGGGCUGUGAUUCAGUGAUGAAGUCUGAACGGAGCAUCAUGAAGCACUACAUGGGACAUGGACUGUCUGAGAGAUAUCUAGAAGAGCAGAGAAGCCACUUCAUAUUCUGCAAGAAAUACCCCAGACGUAGAAACCCCCACGCAGCCAGGAGCGACGACUCAAAGUCUGAGUCCUCCUCUGAGAUAUCGGAGAGCGAGGGGACCGCAGACACCGGCCUAGAAGGAAGUGAGUUUGAUGAGUAUUCCAAACCUGUCUUACGGAGACGGGGGAAGAGUGAACUGUCUAAUGGUAAACCUUCAUACGAUGAAAGUUCAGAAACCGUGUCCGAUGGCUCUGUGACAGGGAAACGCAAGAGAGGAAGGCCACAGAAAACUGGGUUUGAAAAAAUUGUCAAACGCAAGAGAAUGUCUAGGUUGACCAGGAGUAAUGCUGGUGACUGUGGAGAACAUAGAUCCGAUUAUGACUCCUCUAGCAAUACCCUUACCCAGGAUGAAAUUAACGAUCAAAGUGAAACAUUGACUUCCUUUAAGCCUAUGGGUUUUGAGAUGUCUUUCUUAAAGUUUUUGGAGCAAUCAAACACGUCAAAAAAUUCUCUGAAGAAGAUUAAACUAAGAAAUGCUACAGUGUUGUGCAAAAGAUCUGAUGCACAUUUGCACUACCCAAAAGGCUUUGAUACUUUAGAGUUUAGGAACCCCCAGAAGUUGACAUCACUUACCAAUGUAAAAAUUGUAGUGGACAAAGCCUUUUCAGGUGUUGCUGAUACUUUGCUGAAGCAGCUCCAGGAAAUGAGACCGACAGUAAUAUUAAAAAAAUAGCAGUUAGUUUUAAAGGGAUAGUUUAUCCAAAAUUCAUAUUUUUCUUAAAGUUCACUUAUGAAGAGAGAUUCUAGAAGACACAUAGUCAUUCAUUUCAAACAAUCCAUUAUUCAGCUCUGUCACAGUCUGUAAAAUGUUAUUAGCAUCAUUUCAAAUAAUUAAUGGAAACCGCUCGUAUCGCUAUCGCAAAGCUCCAUUGCAAGCAGCAAACUACUCCAAAACACGUCAAACUAUAUUCAGUAAUCUGUUCAAUUCGGUCAGUUCAUCUAUGAAUUGGCUGUAUCCCCUGAGAAAUUUUCUUCCUGCUCAUAUUCAGACAUAAGUAUUUUCCUUUGACUGACGUGAUAAUCAAAGACAAAAUGGGCAACUUGCUUUCUAGCUAGUGAAUACUAACUUUCGUUUACUGUGUAUUCACUUAUCUUCCCGAAUGUACGCGUGGAUUGAUACAGAUGUGAACAAAAUUGACACAGGUAGUACCCGUUUAUUUGAAAUGGAAAUUAUAUUGCGGAAAUGUAUUUCAAGGAAUUCCACUUGUCUUAGUUUGGAGUGUUUUAGAGUAGAUUUCCACUUGCAAUGCAGCUUUGCGAUAGGGGUAUGUACGGUUUCCAUUUAUGAAUUUUUACGAUGCUAAUUACUGACUGAGUCAGAGCUGAAUAAUGGAUUGUUUAAAAAAAAUGAUGACUCUGUGCCUGAAGGACAAUCUCUGGGUAAGGAGACUGUCACCAAAAUAUGAUUUUUGGACAAACUAUCCCUUUAAGUGACUGGCUGAAUGUUUUCGGGGUUUUUUUCUCAAAAAAUGGUAACUCAGGAUUAGAAUGGUUUUCAAACUGCUGCAGAAUGGUGCCCUAAAUAAUAUUUUUCUUUUUUUUUUUUUACUGCAAAGUACAUAUCCAUAGUUUUUCAGUUUUAAACCUAUACAGUUACUAUAGUUAUUUACUGUAACUUUGAGUCUGUGAAAUCCUUUAUUUCUCACAUACAUGAGCUAAUUUUAUAUAAUAUCUAUUAUUAGUAGGAUGAAUUAAUAAAUUAAGCAUGCUUGUAUUUAUGAAGCUUCCCAGCACAUUAUAUUGGCUUUGCAAAUUAUUGUUUUAAAUGGAUAGCAAAAUAACAACAUGAUAACAUGUCAUGUGAUGCUAAGUAUCCCCAUGGGACAUUUAAUGCAAUUGUCCUUCAAACAAAUGGAAUGUGAUGUUGUGUAUAGUUUGUGAAUGUUGUUGUUUCAACAUGCCUUGUAAAUUUUAAUUUGUAUGUAGAUGUAUGUUGUGUGUAAAUAUUGUUUUUUUGAAUCUACUGCCACCAGCAGUCUAACUUAAUU